AACAACAACACCAGCAGCAGCAACACCAUCAACAGCAACAACAGCAGCUGCAGCAGCAACAACAACUACUGCAGUACAAUAACAAUUCGUACAACCUGAAUUAUAACAUGGAGGAUCCCGAACGGCGCAAAAGACGCGAGCGCGAAAAAUAUGAACGCCAACAGGGCAUUCAGAGCGACGAUCGAGAGACUAGUCUAUUUGGGGAGCCGCGUCGCCUCAAUCCCAACGAGGGUGACCCGGAAAUUACCGCCGCACUGGGUGACUUCGUUGAUGCCCGGGACUAUAUGAAUGCUUCCACGGUGGGCAUCUAUAGGCAGGCGCCGGGUGCGUCAAAUGCGCGACUGCAGGCGCUGCCGAAGGGUUUUGGCAGCGCCACCACCUCCUUCUCCUCAUCAUCAUCAGCAUCUGCUUCCUCAUCCGCCUCGGUGCCUGGCCAGCUGCCCACAUCACAGCAACAGCAGCAGCAGCAACAGCAGCAGCAGCAGCAACACUAUCAACAGCAGCAGCGGGCGCCUACCUAUCUGAAGCAGGCGGAUAAUAAGCCGCCCUAUAAUGGGCGUGGCGGCUAUCCUGGUCAGCCCAUGAAGAACGACAUACCGUCGAGUAGCGGCAUGGCGCCGCCACGUGGCCCGCCCAGAUCCUCAUCGUCGUCCUCCUCCAGCAAUAACAACUCGUCCAGCGUCUCAAACAAUGCCACAGCGGCACCGACGUCAGCGUCAACGUCAUCGCCCCUCGGCCCGCCCAUGUCCACGCAAAUGCCAAAUGGCCGCGAAAAGUCCUUCCUGGGGCCACCGGCGCCGGCGCUGCCCAAUGGCGGACGUUUUGUACCGCCAUCGGCCAGCGGCAAGCGACCCAGCAGCACCGCAGGACUCCAGCCACCGCCACCAGAGAAUCAUAUUAACAAAAUAAUCACCGAAAUGACCAACAAUUAUCGCGUGACGCCGCUGACAUCGAUUGCGGCAACGCCGCAUGCGCCAAUGCGCGAGAACUACAACCUGAACGGGCCCAAUAAGUUUAAAUAUGCAUUUGAUGCGGUGGAUCCCAUCGGUCCCCUCAAUUCCCCGCCGGCGGCAGGCGCCUCCUCGCUGAUGACGCCGCUGUUGGCGCCCAUAGCGCCCAUUACAUCGCCCAUUGCCCCGCUGUUGACGACGCCCCCGCAGGCCAGCCAGCUGCCGCUGCCACUGCCACCCAUGGCGGGUGCCACAACGGUGCCCCCCUCCAUGGCCAUGGGCGCCGUUGCGCCCAUGCAGCAGCUGACGCCGACGCCGCCAAAGGCGUCGCCCACGCCGCCAGUGAUAAAGCCUCUCAAAACGGAAAAGAAUCAUUCGCUGGAAAAGCAGGACUCGUGCCUUGAGAAUGAUCUAGAGCUAUCCGAAUCCGAUGAUGAACGCAAAAAGGAUAGCCGAUCCGCUGGCAACAGCAGCAACAGUUCCGAAUCGGAUUCCAGCGAAUCGGGCAGCGAGGCCAGCAGCAAAGGUGAUCCACAGCAGCAGCAACAACAACAGCAGCAACAUUUGUUGCACCAGCAGCAACAACAUCAACAGCAACAGUUGCUGCUGCAGCAGCAACAGCAACAGCGUCUGGCAGCCACCGCCAAUGGCAGCAAAAAGAAAUACAGCCAAACGAUAAUUGCAAGCGGAGCGAAUACAAUCAGCGGCCUGCUCACCUCCAGCGGCCUGGGCGGAACUGGUGCCGGGCCUGGUGGUGCAGUCAAUUCGACUGGCAGCGCGGCCGGUGGCGUUGGCAGCGGCAGCGGCAGCACCGGCGGUGGCUCCAGCAGCUCCGGCAUGGGCACCAUGAGCAGCUCCAACUCGUCGAACAAGACGCCCUCGCCAACGGACAGCAAUCGCUGGCAUCUGAGCCGCUUCUUUCCCAAGCCAGCGAAUCAGACAGCCGCCGAGAGCGUCUCCCCGGGCGUGGCCAAUGCCAUGGGCAAUGUGAGCAUGAAGGUGCCCGGCAUAUUGCCGGGCGGUGCACAGAUUAUACCCGAGUCCAUUGACGUGACCACGGCCAUUGUCAAGAAUGAGAAGCUGCACGACGACUCGCGGCACAUGGACGAUGACGAGGAUGAGCAGGCAGACCAACAGCACCAGCAGCAGCAGCAGCGCUACGGUGUCGGCCUGAGCGUGACCGUCAAAAAGGAGCAGCUGGAGCAACAGCAACAGCAGCAGCAGCAGCAACAGUUGCUGUUGCAACAGCAGCAGCUGACGGCGGAGCAGCUAGCGCUGGCCGGCGCUUUGCCAAAAAACCAAAUCAAACGCGAGUCGCGUCUGUCCGAUUCCGGCAGCGGCAGCAGCGGCAGCGGCAGCAGCAGCUCCGACAGCGCCGGCGGCAGCAGCGAGGUGUUGCCGAUGCCGGGACCAGGUGAAACUCUGCAAAUACCUGGCGUGCCGGCGGCCAUUACCACAGUGAUGCGCGUACCGCCAGCAACACAGCACAAGGCGCAGCCCAACAGCGUCACGUUGACGCCAAUCGGGCCGCUGCCGGCCUCACCAAAGCCGCGCCAAAAGAAGCCACGCAAGAAGAAAAUGUCGGCAGCAACGGCGCCGCCGCUGGACUCCAGCGAUGAGGACGAGCCAGCGAAUAGCAAUAAGAAGCAUGCGCUCGAGCUGGCAGCAACAGCAGCAGCUGCUGCCGCCAACGCAGCAGCAGCAUCGGUGAUGCCUGUGGCAGCAGCAGCAGCAGCAGCCGCGGCGCCAGCUAUUAAGAAGGGGCGCGGCAGGCCACGCAAACAGGCGCAGCAGCAGCAACAGCAACUGCAGCUGCAGCAGCAGCAGCAGCAGAGCGGCAACUUGAGCAGCGCCUCGGCGAGCAGCUCCCAGGCCAAGGGACCAACGCUGACGGCGGCAAAGAAACCGCUGGCCAAAGGCACCGCCAGCAGCAGCAGCAGCAGCGGCACGGCAGCAACAGUUGCUGCUGGCAGCCGCAAGCGUGAGCACAGCAGCAACAGCAGCUCCAAUGGCAACACGCCCACCAAAAAGCCCAAUGCAGCAAUGGCAGCAGCAGCAGCUGCCGCUGCAGCAGCAGCAGCAGCAGCCAUAGCUGUGCGCGCGGCCAGCAGCAGCGACGAGGAUCAGCAGCAGCAGCCACAACAGCAACAACUGCAGCAACAUCAUCAGCUGCAGCAGCAGCAGCAGCAGCAAUUGCUGCAGGGACACUUUGCGCCCGAGCUGCCACUGCAAACGCUCAAGCAGUCCGCGCAGCAACGUCUCAGCAGCAGCGAUUGCAGCAGCAGCGCGAGCAGCGACAGCAGCAGCAACAGCAGCGCCAGCAGCAGCAGCGAUGAGGACGAUGCCCAUCGCAGUGGCAAGCGCAAGAGUGAUAAAAAGAAGAUAUGCACGCUGACGCGUAUCUUCAAUCCCAAAGAGGGCGGCGCCAAGAAGCAGGGUCAGGUCGUUAUCAUUGAUCAGUCCGAGGAGCAGCUGCAGCAGCAACAACAGCAACAACAGCAACAGCAGCAACAGCAGCAACAGCAGCAGCAGCAACAACAACAGCAGCAGCAGCAGCAAGCCAAAGAGCUUAAGCCGCGGGCCACGCCCACACAGCUGCUGGGCGCCACAUUGGCAUCACCGGCACGCACCACCACACCACAUCUGACUUCGCUCAUGUGCAAAAUCGAUCUGAGCAAGCUGGCGCGUGUGCCGCCCGAAUGGUAUCAGAAUAGCUACAGACUAUAUGCAGCCGAUGGCAGCCAACAACAACAGCACCACCAGCAACAGCAGCAGCAGCAUCACCAGCACCACCACUCGCAUUCGCAUACGCACUCGCACCACCCGCCGCACCACCACCAGCCGGAGAGACUGAAGACGCAGCAGAACGGCCAUCUGAGCAGCCGUUCCGCGGAGGGCGCCCGCACGCCCAAGGAACUGCAACAGAUCUAUGCGCCCAAUGGCUAUGUGGGUGGUGCGCUGGGUGGUGCAGCUGGGGCAGCGGCUGGCAACAAGCUGCUUGGCGGCGUCAAGCAUGAGCACGGCGUUAAGCCCGAGCCGGAGCUGGAUGCCGGCUAUGAGGCCAAGUAUAAGCCGAACAGCGUCAAGCAGGAGUUCAUGCUCAAGCAGGAGUUGCCCGCGCGUCGACGCAAACGCAGCUCCAGCUCCAGCUCGAGCCCGUACAAGGAGAAGAAGCGAAAAAAGGAAAAGGCCGAACAGCUUAGCAAGGAGCUGCUGCCGGUGCCGGUGCUGCUGCCCGCCAACAAUCACGAGCGAUUAUCGCGCGACAAACUCGAGCUGCUGCUGCAGCAGCAGGAGAACUCCGCCAAUGCCAGCCCCAACAAGCUGCAGCAGCAAAACGCGCGACAAUUGCCCCUGUCCCAAUCACAGCUGCAACACCAACACCAACACCAACACCAACUCCAGCAGCAACAGUCACAGUCAACAGCAACGGGCCAUGCAAUUGCCUCAACCACAUCAGCAACAGUUGCCACGGCAUCCACCCAACUGCCCACCACCUGCAGCGAAGCGGUGCAAACGACGCCGCCACCGGCGGCCCCGCCACCAGCGCCUCGUCUCAUCUAUCGCUCCCACUUCGACAACGAGGAGGAGCAUGCCAGCGACGACCACAGGAAAAACGAUCUAUUGCUGCAGGAGGCAAUCAGAAGAAAGCGCGCAGCUGAUUCGGAGCGUGACUCGUUUAAUCAAAUGACGCUUUACCUGGAGGCAAUUGUCUAUUUCCUGCUAACCGCCGAUGCCAUGGAACGCUGCAACAUGGAGGCCACAUGGACCAUGUACAAGGACACCCUGUCGCUAAUUAAAUACAUUUCCUCUAAGAAUCGACCGUAUCAACAGUUAACAAAUGGAAAGCACGAAUCGCACAACAUUGUGGCCAUACUCAGUUUACGCUGCCAAUCGCUGAUAUCCUUAAAGCUUUACAAAUUGCGACGUGCCAAUUGUCGCGCAACAAUAGCCAGCUGCUCGGAAUUCUUUCGCUCCGGCAGGGGGGAUAUAUUGAAUGGCAAUACGCCGUCCUCCAUAUCACCAUCGAACUCAGUGGGCUCACAGGGCUCCGGUUCGAAUACGCCGCCUGGCAAAAUAGUGCCUCAAGACAUACACAAUCAGCUAUGCAAGCAGAAUGAGUAUCUCACCUAUGUGAACAGCGCUCAUGAGCUGUGGGAUCAAGCCGAUCGAUUGGUGCGCACCGGCAAUCAUAUAGACUUUAUACGCAAACUGGAUCACGAGAAUGGGCCUUUGACGCUGCAUAGCACCAUGCAUGAGGUGUUUCGGUAUGUGCAGGCGGGCCUUAAGACGCUACGCGAUGCUGUCUCGUAUCCUCAGUCUCAGUAGCAAUAACUUUAGCCUCAACAACGAGACCAACAGCAACAGCAACAGAAACACCAACAACAACCGCAACAACAACAACAACAACAAGAACAUUAUCAUCACCACCAAACGUGUCUAAAUGAAAGUCAGGCCAAACUAGCAACUAUUAUUAUUAUAAUUAUAAUUAUUAUAUUGUAUACUAGCAGCAGCAACAGCUAUAAAUUUAGUUGUUUAGCUUAUGAAACCUUCCAACAACAACAACACCAACAAAAUCAACAACAACAACAACUACAAGAACAACAACUACAAGAACAUCAGCAAAAUGUUUGUUAAUAAUUUCUAGUUACUCCUUUUUAUACAUAAACAAUAUGCACACCAUUUACUUAUUUCCUUA